UCUCUCUCUCUCUCUGGUUGAACCAUACUGCAUGUAAAUGUAAAAGAUGGGCUAAGCUAGAUAGGUAACUAAUUAAUGGCGUUAUUAAAGAAGUAAAUUCAUUUUUCUUUAUCAAUAAAGAGAAUUUUUUGAGUGAGUUGGGACUUGGAUACUGCUAAUAAAUGGUGCUAUUAAUGAAGAAUCUUCUUUCAUCUUAAGUUCAUGUACAAGAAAUUUGCAUGAGUUGGAACUUCUCAAAUACUUGAUUUAUUUCCUUAUCUGAAAGAGAAAAAAAGAAUCCAUAACUACUGGUAUAUUUCUUGUUUCUUCAAAUUUGGGGGUCUUCGUUUUGUGUUACAGGUGUGUAACCAAAUUUUUAGCAGCUAUACAGGAGAGGAGCCAUAUUAGGGUUUACAAUUAGGUGCUUUAAGUACAAAGUUAUCUGCUUUUAGUUGGGAGAAAAUGAUGAAGAACUGGGUGUUAUUAGGAUUCUGGGUUCUGGUUAUUUUAAGUGUUGGAUAUUGGUGGUGGAGGAAAUACAGUAGCAAAAGGAUGAAGAAAAAAGAAAAACAGCAAGGAGAGAUUAACAGUCAUGAUGAUAUUGGUGGUACAAUUCCAAAGGGAAGUUCAGGAUGGCCAUUCAUUGGAGAAACUCUUGACUUCAUUUCUUGUGGUUAUACUUCUAGACCUGUUAGCUUCAUGGAUAAACGCGUACCCUUGUAUGGAAAAGUAUUCAAGUCACAUCUUUUGGGUAGACCUAUAAUUGUGUCAACAGACCCUGAUGUGAACAAAUUUGUUUUGCAGAACAUAAAUGGAAAUACAUUUGUUCCGUAUUAUCCCAAAUCUAUUACAGAAUUGUUUGGUAAAUCUUCGAUAUUGCAAAUGAAUGGUAUUCUUCAAAGAAGAGUGCAUGGGUUGAUUGGUGGUUUUCUUAAGUCUCCUCAGCUUAAAGCUAGAAUUACAAAAGAAAUUGAGAAUUUUGUUGAUCUCACCAUGAAUACUUGGACGAGUAAUCGAACUAUUUACAUCCAAGAAGAAACAAAAAAUAUUACAUUUCCGGUACUGGUUAGGGUUUUGAUGAGUGUAAGUCCAGGGAAAGACAUGGAGUUUCUGAGAAGAGAAUUUGGAGAAUUCAUUAAAGGCCUGGUUUGUUUACCUAUUAAACUUCCAGGUACCAGGCUAUACAAAUCUUUGAAGGCUAAGGAGAGGUUGAUGAAAAUGGUGAAAGAAGUACUUGAGAAGAAGAAAAUGAAAAUGGAGACAAGCAGAGAUGAAGAUGAGGGAUUUGUUGUGGCAGACGCGGCAGAUGCUUUGCUGCUUGAUUCUGGAGAAUCUAAUGAUAUGCAGAGACUGCCGUUGGAUUUCAUAAAGGGCAAUCUAAUUGAGAUGAUGAUCCCUGGUGAAGACUCUGUCCCUAUGGUUAUGACUCUUGCCGUUAAAUAUCUCAGCCACAAUCAAGUCGCUCUACAACAACUAAAGGAGGAAAAUAUGGAGUUAAAGAAGCAAAAGGCUAAUCUUGGUGAAGAUUACGUUUGGACAGAUUACAUGUCAUUGCCAUUUACUCAAAAUGUGAUUAGUGAAACUCUGAGAAUGGCAAACAUAAUCAAUGGUGUGUGGAGAAAAGCUCUCAAAGAUGUUCAAAUUAAAGGUUACUUGAUACCUAAGGGUUGGUGUGUGUUAGCUUCUUUUAGUUCAGUUCACAUGGAUGAAGAGAAUUAUGACAACCCUUAUGAAUUUGAUCCUUGGAGAUGGCAGCAACAGAAUAAACAAGGAAGAAGUGGCAACUGUUUUACACCAUUUGGAGGUGGUCAUCGACUUUGUCCGGGACUCGAAUUCUCAAGACUAGAAAUUGCAAUCUUUCUGCAUCAUCUUGUAACUCGUUUCAGAUGGGUGAUUGACGAGGAAGAUUAUACCGUCAACUUUCCAACUGUGAAGAUGAGGCGAAAACUACCAAUCACUGUCACACCAUUUAUAUAGUUAUAUAUAUAUAUAUAUAUGGUCACCUGAUGCAGAGGGUAUGGUAUGUGUAUGGGUCGAGUGUGUUUUUUUGGAGACAUAAUGGGUUCAGUUUUAUCUAAUCAUUACUAGCAUAGGCCCAGUUUCCAUCGUUCAAAAAACAUGUCGUGUAAAAGUCUGUAAGAGAAAAGACUGAAAUGAUCAAAAUCUAAAACAGACGGCAAUUUCUAUAAAUAAAAAGUGGAUCGUUCCAUGAAUGAAUGAAUGGGAUUGAUCAUCAAAGGGUUGUUGAUAAGGGUGGGUCUCCAUUGUUGCUUUCUAAAUCGACAUGAGGUGGGAAUCCAAGGGGGCGCACAUAGCAUGGCAUGUUUAGCUGCGAUCUUCCUACCACCAACUGAUGCGACGUUUUUCAGCUUAUUGGCACGGUUGGAAUCUUCUGUAACAGCACUGAAAGGGGAUCACAACUAAGCAACAACGGAACUAGAAUAUGACCCAUGCCAUCACAGCGUUGCAGUUACAGCAUGGAAAUCUAAUUUCUUGUUACUAGGGUGUCAAUUUUUGGUUGUUCAAUUCGAAGUCCCAACUAUUGGAAAAUUGGAUUAUAACAGACGAUGAAAAAACA